UUCUGUUCGGGGAGGCGCUGCCAGGAAUAACCCGGUGCGUCCACCGCCCGGGAGGGGAGGCGGCCGCUGCGGCUCCCGCACGCAGACAGCUGCGGCCCGGGUCUCGCGGCUCCCUCCCGAGCCCCGCGGCCCCGGCCGGCCCCCCGGGCUCCUCGCCCUACAGUGUCAGAAAAAUUAAAAAAAAGAAAAGGGGAAAAAAAAAAAGGGAAAGAGGAGCGCGGGCAGGCGGUCGGGAUCUCUUCCCUCCCUCCGCGCCCGCCCUCCCUCUGUCCUUAAGGAAAUGCUACCAGACACCCCCCACCAGACACGCUCAGCCUUGGCGAGGAGCGGCCGCCGCGGCAGCGAGAACAAGGGCACCAGGGGGGUUUCCUCCCCCUCCUCCUCUCCCUUCUCUUCCUCCUCCUCCUCUCCGUCCUCCUCCUUCUCCGCCGUGACUUUCCAGAUUGGCGAAUUGACCUGAGAAACCGAAACUCAAGAUUGUGAAAAUGUGUGAAUAAGACCGAAGGCAGAUUUUCAGGUGGCAUCUUUGAAUUUUUAAAAAGAAAAUGAUAAUUAGAUCUACUUGAAGAAUUAAGUGAAUUUAUUUGGUUGGAACAUUUUUGCCAAUUCUUUAACAUUCAGCCUCUGGAUCCCCAGAAGUUAUGUAUGUACGAGUUCCUGUGGAGAAAGUUGGCCUCGUGGAAAGCAAAAACCAUUGUGAUGCAGUUUUUUGAUAUGAGGAUAACAGGAAACGUGAAGACAAUCAUGUCCAUGAGAACUCUACACCAUUCAGAUCAUUUUAUCCUAGUGAAACUCGCAAUUAAAGUUUGCUCUAGUUGAUGGGCAAACUUUCUCCAGGACUAUUCGUCACCCCGAUUUCAUCAUCCUAGUUGAAAAUAUUCAAAUGCCAUAAGAAACCUUGAUAGAUUUGCACUUAGCUUUUGCGUUGGACCUUUCUACAAUGGAGAGAACUGUGUUAUAGCCCUGGUCAAAAACAAAACCAUCGGAUGCCCACAGUCUACGGCUGGGCGUGGCAAGUUUCCAAGAAAAGGAGCACCGGCACGUUUGCAGACGCCCUGGAACAUGGAAGCAAGCAAGUUCUGAAAAGCACAGCUUCGAGGACACUCCAUGAGUCUGCACGGCUUUCAAGCCACUAGCACUUAAGACCUUGUAUACAACAAAAUGGACACUGGGGACACAACUCUCGGACAAAAAGCUACCUCAAGGUCUGGAGAAACUGAGAACGCGUCAGGUAGAUGGAGACAGGAACAAUCAGCCGUUAUUAAGAUGAGCACUUUCGGCAGUCAGGAAGGACAGCGGCAGCCCCAAAUAGAUCCUGAGCAAAUUGGAAACACAGCAUCAGCACAACUCUUCGGUUCUAGCAAACUGGCCUCGCCUGGCGAAGUGGCCCAGCAAGUCGCCGAGAAGCAAUACGCACCACACCGACCGACUCCUUACUCAUGCCAACAUUCGCUCUCUUUCCCUCAGCACUCAUUGCCACAGGGGGUCAUGCACAGCAGCAAGCCGCAUCACAGCCUCGAGGGCCCUCCGUGGCUCUUCCCCGGCCCGUUGCCAUCCGUUGCCUCCGAGGACUUAUUUUCCUUCCCCAUCCCCGGCCACAGCGGAGGGUACCCCCGAAAAAAGAUCUCCAGUCUGAAUCCCGCUUACAGCCAAUACUCCCAGAAGAGUUUCGACCAGUCUGAAGAUGCUCACAAGAAAGAGCACAAACCCAAGAAGCCCGGCAAGUACAUUUGCCCUUACUGCAGCAGGGCGUGUGCCAAACCCAGCGUACUGAAAAAACACAUCCGGUCCCACACCGGGGAGCGGCCCUACCCGUGCAUACCCUGCGGCUUCUCCUUCAAGACGAAGAGCAAUCUGUACAAGCACAGGAAGUCGCACGCCCAUGCCAUCAAGGCGGGCUUGGUCCCUUUCACCGAGUCGGCCGUCUCGAAGUUGGACCUGGAGGCCGGCUUCAUCGACGUCGAGGCGGAAAUCCAUUCGGACGGCGAGCAGAGCACCGACACGGACGAGGAGAGCUCUUUGUUUGUGGACGCCGCCGACAAGAUGAGCCCCGUGGGGCCCCCCAUCCCGCUGGACAUCGGCGGCCGGGCCGGCUACCACGGGUCGCUGGAGGACUCGCUGGGCGGCCCCAUGAAGGUGCCCAUUCUGAUCAUCCCCAAGAGCGGGCUUCCGCUGCCCCACGAGAGCUCCUACGUCGGCUCCGACCUGCUUCCCGCGCCGUCGCUCAGCACCAAGGCCGACGACUCGCACACGGUGAAGCAGAAGCUGGCCUUGCGGCUGUCGGAGAAGAAGGGCCAAGACUCCGAGCCGUCGCUCAACCUCCUCAGCCCGCACAGCAAAGGUAGCACCGACUCGGGCUACUUCUCCCGCUCGGAGAGCGCCGAGCAGCAGAUCAGCCCCCCCAACACCAACGCCAAGUCUUACGAAGAGAUCAUCUUCGGCAAGUACUGCCGGCUCAGCCCGCGGAACACGCUCAGCGUCACCUCGGCCAGUCAGGAGCGCGCGCCCGCGGGGCGGAAGGGCCGGCUGGACGCCCUGGUCCCUCACGUCAACACCCGGUUGGACGUGCAGAUGUUUGAAGACCCCGUCUCCCAGCUCCUCCCGAGCCCGGGCGACCCGUCGUCGUUGUCGUCGUCGUCGUCGUCGGAGCCGGGUCCCGCGGGCGUGCUGAAGGCGGCCAAGUUCGACGGCGAGCCCAGACCCUCCCAGCCGCUCGCGCCUUCCGUCAGGAACGAAGGGAAGCUCUACCCGGCCGGCUUCCAAGGCAGCAACCCGGCUCUGCUCGAGGCGCCGGUGGACGCCUCCCCGCUGAUCAGGAGCAACUCCAUGCCCACGUCCUCCGCCACGAAUCUCAGCGUGCCCCCUGCCCUGCGAGGAAGCCACUCGUUCGAUGAGCGGAUGACGGGCUCGGACGACGUGUUCUACCCCGGCACGGUGGGCAUCCCCCCUCAGCGCAUGCUGAGGCGCCAGGCGGCCUUCGAGCUGCCGUCGGUGCAGGAGGGGCACCCGGAGGCCGAGCACCACCACCACCACCAGCACCACCAGCACCACCCCCACCACCCCCAUCCCCACCCCCACCCCCACCACCACCACGGCCGGGCGCCCAAGGCCCUGGCGGCCUCGUCGCUCAAGGAGAAGAAACUGAUGUCAGACAGCAGGCUCGGCUAUGACUAUGACGUCGGCCGGAAGCCCUAUAAGAAGUGGGACGACUCGGACCCCCUCAAGCCUGCCUACAGGGACCUUUCCUGCCCGGGCGCGCUGAAGCACGGCGGAGACUACUUCAUGGACCCCGCCGUGCCGCUGCCCACGGCCGUGCCCACCCUGUUCGGCACCACCUGCGAGACCCGCAAGCGCCGGAAGGAGAAGAGCGUGGGCGACGAGGAGGACACGCCGAUGAUCUGCGGCGGCUCGGGCGGGGCGCCCCUGGGCCUGGCGGGCCCCGAGUACGACCCCAAGAUGCAGCAGCAGCAGCAGCAGGAGGCGGCCCGGAGCGGCUUCCCCGAGCGCUUCGACCCCGCUCGGCCGCCGCCGCCGCCGCCGGGCAGCCCCUCGCUGGGCUCAGACGAGUCCCCCUCGGCCGUCGCCGACGCCGCCGACAGGGUGUCGGAGGUGGGGUGCCGGAAGCCCCCCGGGAACGUGAUCUCCGUGAUCCAGCACACCAACUCGCUGAGCCGCCCCAACUCCUUCGAGAGGUCCGAGUCGGCCGAGCUGGCGGGCAGCGCCCAGGACAAAGCGUCCUCCCCGUCCGAGGCCUGCGACAGCGACGCCGUGUCCGAGGCCCCCGUGAGCCCCGAGAGCGCGGACGGCGGCGGGGGGCGGCCCUCCCCGUCGCAGCCAGGCCCGCAGCCGCCCCCCUACCACGCGCAGCCCCGGCUGGUCCGCCAGCACAACAUCCAGGUGCCCGAGAUCCGCGUGACCGAGGAGCCCGACAAGCCCGACAAGGAGAAAGAAGCGCCCAGCAAGGAGCCCGAAAAGCCCGCCGAGGAGUUCCAGUGGCCGCAGCGGAGCGAGACGCUGUCGCAGCUGCCCGCCGAGAAGCUGCCGCCCAAGAAGAAGCGGCUGCGCCUGGCCGACAUGGAGCACUCGUCCGGAGAGUCCAGCUUCGAGUCGGCCGGCACCGGCCUCUCGCGCAGCCCCAGCCAGGAGAGCAACCUGUCGCACAGCUCCAGCUUCUCCAUGUCGUUCGAGAGGGACGACCCCCUGAAGCUGCCCGCGCCCCCCAGCCGGCAGGAGGAGCUGGGGAAGCACUCGGAGUUCCUGACGGUGCCUGCCGGCUCCUACUCCCUGUCCGUGCCCGGCCACCACCACCAGAAGGAGAUGCGGCGCUGCUCGUCCGAGCAGAUGCCCUGUCCGCAUCCCCCCGAAGUCCCGGAAAUCCGAAGCAAAUCGUUCGAUUACGGGAAUCUGUCCCAUGCCCCCGGGGCCGGGGGCUCUGCCUCCACCUUGUCCCCUUCGCGGGAGAGGAAGAAGUGCUUCCUGGUGCGGCAGGCGUCCUUCAGUGGCUCCCCGGAGACCGCCCAGGGGGAGGCCGGGCCGGACCUGAGCGUCAAGCAGGAACAGCUGGAGCAGCUGCACACCGCCAGCCUCAGGUCCACGUGGCACCCGGCCGCCUGCCCGGUGCUCCCGCCUCUGCAGGCCGAGGAGCCCGGAAAGCAGGUGGUGGGACCCUGCGCCCCGCUGAGCUCAGGCCCGCUCCACCUGGCUCAGCCGCAGAUCAUGCACCUGGACAGUCAGGAACCGCUGCGGAACCCGCUGAUGCAGCCCGGCUCCUACAUUCCCGGCAAGCACCUGUCAGAGCAGCCGCCCUUAUUUGCACAUCAAGAGUCUCUUCCCUUCUCUCCCAUCCAGAACGCCUUGUUUCAGUUUCAGUACCCGACUGUCUGCAUGGUGCAUUUACCAGCUCCACAGCCUCCCUGGUGGCAGGCACAUUUCCCACACUACGGCAAACCUUUCCAGGCCGACAUGCCUCCUGCCUAUCCCUUAGAGCACGUGGCAGAACACGCUGGAAAGAAAUCCUCUGAUUACGCACAUCUGAAAGAGCCAGCCCACCCGUGCUAUGCAGGAACGUCAGGGCUACACGCAAAGAACCUUCUUCCCAAGUUCCCACUGGACCAGAGCACCAAGUCAGCAGAUAUUCCCUCUGAGCAGAUGCUCCAAGAAGAUUUCGGCUCUGCCAGCGCCGGCUCGCUCCAGUCCUUGCCGGGAACCGUGGUCCCGGUGAGGAUCCAGACCCACGUGCCAUCCUAUGGGAGCGUCAUGUACACGAGCAUCUCUCAGAUCCUGGGGCAGAACAGCCCGGCCAUUGUCAUCUGUAAAGUCGACGAGAAUGUGACCCAGAGAACCCUGGUGACCAACGCGGCCAUGCAAGGGAUGGGAUUUAACAUCGCCCAGGUCCUGGGACAGCAUGCAAGCUUGGAAAAAUACCCCAUCUGGAAAGUCCCCCAGACCUUACCCCUGGGCUUAGAAUCCUCCAUCCCCCUCUGCUUACCGUCCACCUCGGACGGCGUGGCCACGCUGGGAGGCAGCAAGCGCAUGCUCUCUCCUGCCAGCAGUCUGGAGCUCUUCAUGGAGACCAAGCAGCAGAAAAGGGUGAAAGAAGAAAAGAUGUACGGGCAGAUCGUGGAGGAGCUCAGCGCUGUGGAGCUCACCAACUCGGACAUCAAGAAGGAUCUCUCCCGCCCUCAGAAACCCCAGCUGGUCCGGCAAGGCUGUGCUUCCGAGCCCAAAGACGGCUCACAGUCGGCGUCCUCUUCCUUCUCCUCGCUGUCCCCCUCCUCAUCUCAAGACCACCCCUCAGGCAACACACCCCUGAGGGAGCCGUUUCCCCCAGGCUCCAGGGCACCCCUGCUCGGGCAGAAGUCCAGCGGGCCAUCGGAAAGCAGAGAGUCCUCCGAUGAAUUAGAUAUCGAUGAGACGGCGUCUGACAUGAGCAUGAGCCCACAGAGCUCCUUGGCGCAGGGAGACGGGCAGCUGGAAGAGCACAGGAAGGGCCACAGGAUGCCGAUCGGCAUGCUGGUACAUAUGGCCUCAGGGCCCAGCGGGAAGGCGGCAAACUCUACUCUUCUUCUCACGGACGUGGCAGAUUUCCAGCAGAUUCUGCAGUUCCCCAGUCUGCGGACAACUACUACUGUGAGUUGGUGCUUUUUGAAUUAUACAAAACCCAGUUCUGUGCAACAGGCCACCUUCAAAUCCUCAGUUUAUGCUUCAUGGUGCAUUAGUUCCUGCAACCCAAAUCCAUCAGGAUUGAACACCAAGACUACGCUGGCGCUUCUGAGGUCCAAGCAAAAAAUCACCGCAGAAAUUUACACUCUGGCUGCUAUGCACAGGCCCGGAACCGGCAAACUUACAUCGUCAAGUGCUUGGAAGCAGUUUGCUCAGAUGAAACCAGAUUCAUCCUUUUUGUUUGGAAGCAAAUUAGAAAGGAAACUAGUGGGAAAUAUCUUAAAGGAAAGAGGAAAAGGAGAUAUUCAUGGAGACAAAGAUAUUGGAUCCAAACAAAAUGAGCCAAUUCGAAUUAAAAUCUUUGAAGGAGGGUAUAAGUCAAAUGAAGAUUAUGUAUAUGUCAGAGGACGUGGACGUGGAAAGUAUAUAUGUGAAGAAUGUGGGAUUCGCUGUAAGAAGCCUAGUAUGCUCAAGAAACACAUCCGUACUCACACUGAUGUCCGGCCUUAUGUAUGCAAGUUAUGUAACUUCGCUUUCAAAACGAAAGGAAACCUAACGAAGCAUAUGAAAUCUAAAGCACACAUGAAAAAAUGCCUGGAGUUGGGGGUUUCGAUGACAUCGGUGGAAGACACAGAGACGGAGGAAGCAGAAACGAUGGAAGAUUUGCACAAAGGGGCUGAGAAGCAUAGCAUGUCCAGCAUUUCAACUGACCAUCAAUUCUCAGAUGCUGAAGAAUCAGAUGGUGAAGAUGGAGAUGAUAACGAUGACGAUGAUGAAGAUGAAGAUGACUUUGAUGACCAGGGAGAUUUGACACCAAAAACAAGAUCAAGAAGCACCAGUCCUCAGCCUCCUCGAUUUUCUUCCUUGCCCGUGAAUGUUGGCGCUGUACCCCAUGGGGUUCCUUCGGAUAGUUCCCUGGGGCAUUCUUCGUUGAUUAGCUAUUUGGUUACUCUGCCAAGUAUUCAGGUCACUCAGCUCAUGACACCAAGUGACUCUUGUGAAGAUACCCAGAUGACAGAAUACCAGAGAUUAUUCCAGAGCAAAAGUACAGACUCCGAACCAGACAAAGAUAGGCUGGACAUACCGAGUGGUAUGGAUGAAGAGUACAUGCUGUCUUCAGAGCCCAGCUCCUCACCGAGGGACUUCUCACCCUCAAGCCGCCAUUCCUCACCGGGAUACGAUUCGUCACCCUGUCGAGAUAAUUCACCAAAGAGGUAUCUGAUACCCAAAGGAGAUUUAUCACCCAGAAGACAUUUGUCACCUAGGAGAGAGCUGUCACCUAUGAGACAUCUCUCACCAAGAAAAGAAGCAGCUCUGAGAAGAGAGAUGUCACAGAGAGAUAUUUCACCAAGAAGGCAUCUGUCCCCAAGGAGGCCAGUGUCACCUGGGAAAGAUAUCAUCACAAGAAGAGACCUCUCUCCCAGAAGAGAGAGAAGGUACAUGACCACCAUCAGAGCGCCAUCUCCUCGAAGGGCUUUAUACCACAAUCCACCACUGUCCAUGGGACCGUAUUUGCAAGCAGAGCCAAUUGUCUUGGGGCCUCCUAAUUUAAGAAGAGGAUUACCUCAGGUUCCUUACUUCAGUCUCUAUGGAGACCAAGAAGGUGCUUAUGAACAUCCAGGCUCCAGCCUUUUCCCUGAGGGUCCUAAUGACUAUGUCUUCAGUCAUCUUCCACUCCACUCCCAGCAACAAGUGCGAGCUCCUAUCCCAAUGGUGCCAGUUGGUGGGAUCCAAAUGGUUCACUCCAUGCCGCCGGCCCUUUCCGGUUUACAUCCUCCACCCACUUUGCCUCUGCCAAUGGAGAGCUCUGAAGAGAAGAAGGGCGCUUCCGGGGACGCCUUCUCCAAGGAUCCCUACCUUCUUUCUAAGCAGCAGGAGAAACGAGCGCCACAUCUUCUGCAGUCAUCUGGUCCACCUAGCACACCCUCCUCUCCUCGGCUCCUGAUGAAACAGAGCACUUCAGAAGACAGCCUGAACGCCACAGAGAGGGAACAGGAAGAAAACAUUCAGACUUGUACAAAAGCCAUUGCCUCUCUCCGGAUUGCCACAGAAGAGGCCGCUCUGCUCGGGGCAUCAGAUCAGCCCGCAAGGGUGCUUGAGUCCCCUCAGAAACCCUUAGAAAGUGCACAUGUUAGCAUUAGACACUUUAGUGGACCUGAGCCAGGCCAGCCCUGUCCCUCAGCUACCCACCCUGACUUGCAUGAUGGUGAAAAGGACAAUUUUGGUACAUCACAGACUGCGUUAGUUCACUCCACGUUUUACGGUAAGAGGUGUAUGGAAGACAAGCAGUCGGGUUUUCAUGGCAGCAAAGAAUUACCUUCAAGCACAGAGGAAGGCAAAGAGUCUUCAUCAGAAAAGAGUCAGUUACAUUGAUCUAAGAUGCAUGGAGACUUUCAUUUCCACAUCUCCCCAUUUCGUUUUUGUUUUUCUAGAAAUAGAGGUAAUCAAGUUUAUAGCAUGCCUGUCCUAAGUUACAGUAGUUUGCUAUUAUAUAUACUUUUGUUAUUUCAAAAGAAUUAGGUGAAUUAACAAGUCAUCAUGAGCCUGACCAAAACAAAAAUUUGAAAUUAACCUAUUGGGUCUGGUACUUUUAACUUGUACAGAUGUUUGUGCCUUUUCUUUACUUUGCUUAUAUUCUUAUAAGCAUUUUUUAGCAGUAAUUUGUACAUAUUUUAGAAUUUGUGUAUCUGCUUUGUAAUAAAUGUAAUUUCUUUCCUUUUUUGGACACUUGAUCUAAAUGAUGUAAAGCAAAACAGCAUCAAAAUAUAUGUGAGGUUGCACUAAAACAUAUUUUUAUAUGAUUAAAACUGAACAGCUUUUAUGUACAGCUCUGAUUCUGUAAUACUAAUAUUUAUUUACUUUGUUUCAUAAAUUGUACAUUUUUUCUUAAUGUUGUGGAUUGCUUUUCUAUGUGAAGCAUGGGAUUUACUGUUGCGUAAGUAGAACAAAAAAUGUAUAUUGUAAACAAGAUAUUUAAACUAGAGUAUCUUAUUCUGCACUUAUGCAUUAGUUUAAAAAAGAUAAAGGAUGUAUCAGUCAGUUCUUAACGCUUGUAAAUUUUUUUCUCUCUUGUUUGCUGGAUUGACUAUAACUUAAGUGCUGAUUGUGAUUUUAAACUGAUAGUACCGUAAAGCAUUAAAGUAAACAAUGUGCUAUUGUGAGUUUUUUCAAAGCUUUAUAAAUCAGUUAUAAAUAAUAUUAAAAGUAUUUGGUCUUAUGUGAACAUGUUGAUCUAUAUACUCAUCUGAAAAUAUGGGAAAACAUUCCGCCCCAUGUAAAUAUGUACAAGUGCAUCACUGGUACAAUUUAAUGUAACUCGAUUGGACACUAGGUUGCCACAGACCUAUGCUAGGGUGUCUUUAAAAAUUAAAGUGACAAAGCACAUGGGACUGUGUAGAGCUUGGUUAUCGGCCGGCCCGGUGGCUUGGCAGGCAGUGCUGUGCGCUGUCUAUGGAGAAGACCUGGGCGUAAGAGUGUCCUUGGUUCUUGGUGACAGGAACUAAGGCUACUACAGAGGAAUUGCGCUUGGACUCUGAAGGUGGGGUGUGGAAGCAGGAAGGGGCAUGGAGAUCCGCUCACUGGCUCUUCCUGCCAGCCAAUCCACACGGUAACAGGGUGGGCAUCAGCUUUAGGGGAAGUCACUUUACCUAUUGGAAGAGGGAAGAGUGUCAUACUCCUGGCUAUCUCAGGGGGAAUGGGGAAAGAAGCUUUCCAGGGAAAAGAACUCACGGGAGGAUGACGUCUUUUGUAGAGAACAUUGAGAAGGGGCUUUGGAGAGUGUUGGUGGUGAGCAGAGCCUUUGUAGGUCCGGAAGAAUAAAAGAAAGGGAGGGGGGACAACACAUGUGCACACACGCACACAUACAAUCUGGGUUACCUUUGUGCUAUAUAGUGGAUUAUAAUUCUGUGAAACCAAGUUUGUAUAUUGAAUUACAUUAAGGAGUGUUCUUUAAAAAGAGAAAUAAAUAUACAGUUACAUGCCUGA